AUGGCCAUUUCAUAUUCCUGUCAUGAUUUCCUUGGCUUCCAAGAAGCUUUGAAGAAAAUGCGUGAUAUUGAUGAUAAGAUCAUUUACACAUUGAACUCUUCCCUGCCGACUGAAUCGUUUAAGGGUCAGGUGAAUAGUGAACAGACCUGCCGUGAUUUAUAUGACAAAUUAAAGGUGGGCCACAAACAACGUGAGGAGGCCAUCCGUGGCUGUAUUAUGGUCUCGGCCGAUACAUUGAAAACCCUGCGCGAACAACGUGAAGCCAAUCCGGAUGAUGUUGAUGUCAAUAAGAAAUUUAAAUCGGAACAACGAAAGUUGCGCGUUUUACAAUCGGAACUGAAUGUGGAAGACAUUGUCAAAGAUCGCUCAUACAAAGCAUUUAAUGAACGUUGCCGGGUAUUCUUUAGGGCUGGUGAUGCCGCAUUAUGAUU